CCGUCCAAAUGGGUGUUCCAACAACGGUGUACAUUCAUACCAACAUCUACAAUUAUAGCAACAAGUAUAAGAACCUAGAUCGAUUCCAGAAUGAUGUGAAAAGGUUCCUGCAAGAGUACGACAGGAUCGUGUUGCAUAAGGAUCUGUACAAGCUGGUUUUCAAAAGCUAUUUGCGGGAGAUUCGUUCGAAGGUUAAGAUCUUGUUGAAUAAGUUCGAAGCAACACCGCUGAAUGAUGGAAGUACCCGACCGGAGAAGGAAAUGAUGUGUUGUGGACUAACGUUUACUGACAACGAGCAAUUCCGUAAGCAUUACAAAGCUGUCCACAAUGAAGCGUUCCUUGUGUACCCAAACAUGCUGGAGCUAAAAUCUGCUUUUGCUAAGCUAGAUCAUAUGAGGCAUCGGUUGGACGAGUACACACGAUUUGGCAAAGAGUACACGUGUACGAUGCUGGUGGACUUGAAGAGAAUAGCGAAGAAGAUUUCUUGUACCUUGAAGUUUUAAAAUAAAAUCGAA